CUUGUCAAAUUUAUAGUGGCAUGAGGACAGAAGUCAGAGCGACGAGUCGGCUUUUGGGCGGGAAGACAUCGCAUUUGAACUUGUUAUCAGAAGCUAGCUUUAGCUGGAAAAUGGAGUCUGGAAAAAAAGUGGAGAAGGUGGCAAAGAAGAGAUCAGCUGCUGUCCUUGAGGAAGGAGGGGAUACAUGUGCUGUUGGGAACGAGGUUCAGUCCAUGUUGGAAAAAUUUGGGGCUGAUGUCAACAAGGCCAUGCAGGUGAAGCAAAAGCAUCUGGAGAGUCUGACGAAGAACCACAUGACAGGAAGUCAGCACAAACUGCAGCAGCUGUGGAGCAACUACCAUGGCCAGAGGAAGAAGACGACGCAGCAGUUCUCUCAGCGCGUGUCUACUGCCGUUCAGCAAUGGGAGGCCGAAGCACAUCGCACCGAAGAGCAGGAGGAGAAGCUCGGCAAUCUUUUUCGGCAGCAGCAGAAGAUCCUGCAGCAGGCCAGAGUUGCACAGAACCAGAAGCUGAAAGUAGUCCGAGAGUUGUAUGAUCAGUUUGUGAAGAAUAUGGAAGAGAUGGAGAAGAGUCAGAACGAGUUCCUGCAAGCAUCACAGGAAGAACUCAAAAAAGAAAUGGCCACUCUGCAGAAGAAGCUACUUAUGGAAGCACAACAACAGGAGAUGGCCACAGUCCGCAAGUCCCUGCAGACCAUGUUCUUCUAGAUCUCUGUUACCACAGCAACAGACAAGCUGCAAAGAAGUGUUGCUCCGGUCUGAGCGGUUCAUGUUACUGCCAUGUUUUUGAAUUUCUCUGGCAUUAGCCGACCUUUUAAUCUUCGUAUAUUCUCAACGCUGUGCUGAGCAUGCUCAAUUUGGCCCUGUAAGCUGCAGGAAAAACAUGUUCAGAUGGGAGUUUACUCUUGUAGUUUUUAUUGUUUGUAUGUUUUCUAUUAGAUUUUUAUCGCAGUGAUAUAAUAUUAAAAACAUGUUAUUUAUUAUUUGUACUCGGAAACAUUAAUUUAUUACAUUAUUUAUUUUUGUGGCUUUGGCUUUUUUCUGUAACUGUGCAAGGAAAUGUGUUCAAUAAAGUUUCUGUGCUUCAAAAGCCAAAAUAGAAUCCUA